AUGUCCCAAACAUUCACCCCGGCCGACGUCGCCUCCCACAACACCGCCGAAAAGGGCCUCUACAUCAUCGUCGACAGCAACGUUUACGACGUCACCUCCUUCAUCGACGAGCACCCCGGCGGCUCAAAGAUCCUCAAGCGCGUCGCAGGCAAGGACGCCUCCAAGCAGUUCUGGAAGUACCACAAUGAAUCUGUGCUGAAGAAGUACACUCCCAAGCUGAAGGUCGGCGAAGUGAAGGAUGCCGCUAAGCUAUGA